UAAAUGCGCGGCAGGUUGAUGAUGAUAUGUGACUAAAGUUUGGCCUUAAGUUCCGAUCCCUCCCUCUCACUCCAUUAUCAGUACCAGCGCGCCGUGGACAAUUCCAUCCCUAUGGUCACCGCCGCUGCCGGCCUUAUCGCGAUGGUGCGGUUCGGGGCGGCGGAGCUGGCCAGCCGACUCUCUGAGCUCAACCCAGCGCACAUCUUCUUGGGCUGUUUCUUACCGGCCGCAACGGCCACCAUCUACCUCAUGCUGCGUCCGCGCGCGGUGUACCUCGUCGACUACGCCGGCUUCCGCACCCCGUCUAACUGCCGGGUACCCUUCGCGACUUUUCUCGAGCACGCCAGACAACUGCCCGAGUUCAACGAGCGCAGCAUCCGGUUCAUGACGCGGUUGCUGGAGCGCUCAGGGCUCGGCAACGAGACUUGCCUGCCCCCGACGCACCACUACAUGGGGACGCACAAAUAUUGCACGGUUGACGCCGCCCGCGCCGAGUUCGAGCUCGUGGCCUUCUCGGCCGUCGACGACCUGCUCGUCAAGACCGGCAUCGCCCCCGACGCCAUCGACAUACUCAUCGUCAACUGCAGCUUGUUCUGUCCCACGCCCUCCUUGGUGGACAUGAUCAUAAACAGGUACAAGCUGCGGAGCGACAUUCGUGGCAUGCACCUCGCCGGUAUGGGAUGCAGCGCGGGGAUGAUCUCCGUGGAGCUGGCGAGGAACCUCCUGCAGGUCGCCCCCCAGGGCGCGCACGCGCUCGUCGUCUCCACGGAGACCGUCACGCCAAACUACUACUUCGGGACCGAGCGCGCAAUGCUCCUGCCCAAUUGCCUCUUCCGCAUAGGCGGCGCGGCCGCGCUGCUAUCGACGUCCCCGGCGAAGGCCCGAUUCCGCCUAAAUCACGUCGUACGCACGCUCACCGGUGCGGACGACAGUUCGUACCGGUGUGUGUUCCAGGAGGAGGACGGAGAUGGCCAUCGGGGGAUCAACCUCAGCAAGGACCUGAUGAACAUCGCCGGCAACGCCCUCAACGCCAACAUCACCGCAAUGGGGCCGCUCGUCCUGCCGGCCAUGGAGCAGCUAAUGUUCGCCUUCUCCUUCGUCGCACGGAAGGUGAUCAGCAGGAGAGUGAAGCCGUACAUCCCCGACUUCCGCACGGCGUUUGAGCACUUCUGCAUCCACGCCGGCGGCCGUGCCGUCAUCGACGAGCUGCAGAAGGGCCUUAGCCUUUCCGACGAGCAGGUGGAGGCAUCGCGGAUGGCGCUGCACCGGUUCGGAAACACGUCGAGUAGCUCGCUGUGGUACGAGUUGGCCUACAUCGAGGCCAAGGGCCGCAUGCGCAGGGGCGACCGCGUGUGGACGAUUGGCUUCGGUUCCGGGUUCAAGUGCAAUAGUGCGGCGUGGGAGUGCAUCCAGCCUGCGCGCAACGCCCAUGGGCCGUGGGCAACGUCCAUCCACACAUAUCCGGUGGAUGUUCCCGAUGUUCUCAAGCAUUAAUUUACUGCUGCCUAUGAGCCCCAUUACGGCUAAAAAAGGCUAUCCGUGCAGAUGUAAUAAGGGUCUAUUAGUUUGCCUCAAAAUAAAAUGAAAUACGAAACACUAAAAAUCUGAAGUCAAUUUUUAGGCAUGACAGAUCUAACGUUUUUUAUGGCAAUUAAUAUCGGGGCGACGAUAUCAAGUUUAGUUUGAAAACACGGCAACCUUUUUCUUGAAAUAAAAUUUCACCCCGAUAUAUAAGAUAUAGCAACCACCCGAUACAACAAAAAUUCCACUGCUAGGGCACACAACACAAGUAUAUGCUCAAUAAAAUAAAAUGAAAUGAAUGACAACAGAGUCAGAUCGAUGAAAACGAUGAUAAUCCCGAACCGCUACGUCUUCCAAAGAUAUCCACCACACUCCUACCACUUCAGACCACUUCAUAUCAAACAACACCUUCAAGAACGAUCACGACGCUGA